CAGCUCCACACACAUUUUCGUCCUGAUCGUGGGUGAGGAGCAGAGCUGAGUCCUGGUCCUGGUCCUGGUCCUGGUCCUGGUCCUGGUCUGCACCGGGAAAAAACAGAAUGUGGCUGAUCGUGUUGGCCGGUUUGCUCCACUGCGCCUCGGCCUACGAUGUGGAUCUGAAGAAACUGGAGGGGCUGGCGAAGGCGAGGGUGGAGUCGUGUGGUGGAUGACAGCUGAACAGGCUCAGAGAGGUCAAAGCCUUUGUGGUCGACGACAUUCCUCUCUACCAUAACCUGGUGAUGAAGCACAUUGCCGGGGCCGACCCUGAGCUCGUCCUUCUCAACCACUACCAUGAAGAGCUGGAUCGGAUCGCUCUGUCCGACAUGACCCGCUCGGAGAUCAACGAGCUGCUCGGGAAGCUCGGCUUCUACAGGAAGGCUCAGGCCCAGGAGGAGGUGCCCGAGGAGUUCCGCUUCUCUCCGGCUAAAGACAGCCCGUUUAAAGACGAGCCGCAGCACAAACCGGCUGCAGAGAGCAAACCAUCAGAGCCGGCCUCAGAGGCCCAGCGCACAGAUCUAUAACUUACCAGAGAGGAGGAAAGUAGGAAUCUCACAGAACCACUCCGCCACCAAAAAGCUGCUCCACGAUCUGCUGGUUUCUGCAGUUUAUGACGGCGAUGUUUGUCAUUUUUAAAAACUAGCCCCAGCAGAUCAUGCAUCAGCUUCUGGGCAUGGACAGAAUGUUAGCAUCAGCAGAAGGCCUUGAAAAGGUCCAUAGUCUGAAUUUGCACAUCUCUUGUUGCUGUUUGUUCUUUGUUUCGCAGCGUUAAUACUCCAACAGGCCACUUUGUGAGUGCUUUUCUACUCCCCCCCUCCCCCACACAGAGACUGGAAGUGUGUGUGUGUGUGUUUUGAUUUUUUGUGUCUUCAGGAAUCUCAUCCUCACUUUGACUUCUCUAGUGUGUCUGAAUGUUUCCCGCCUUGCUCUGAAACUGAAUGAAGCCUCAGGCUGAAAACUGUCUGACAGGCCUGAGGUUGAUGUAACGUGUUCCGGCAGGUGGGAAUGAUGCACACAAGAGAAGUCGGGUCGAAGGCUUGUGAAAGUGGGAAAUAAUAAAACGAAAAAAUGUCAAAUAACUCUGA